AUGGCCUUGACUGCGCCAAUCAUCCUUACAUCGCCAGACAUAACCACAAGUGCAACGUCUAUGGAUGUCUACAAUGACAUAUUCCAAGAUGAAGAUAUGCAGUCCACAGAAAGCGGUCGCGUGGCAGCUCAACUAGGCGGAGUGCCUGUCGAGGUUGAUUGCACUCCUCAAACUUCCCCGGACGCUUCCUCCAAUAGAUCCAUUGGCAGAGCUGAUGUUCUUUCGGACCUGUAUCUCCCCCGUUUUAUCAAGUCUCUCCCAUCCCACCUCGAUGUGGAUGAUUUGCAUUAUCUAAAGGCGCGUCAUUGCUUUACAUUUCUACCUGCAGACCUGGAGAAGAUCGUCAUCCGCAGAUAUGCAGAAUUCAUCCACCCACUGGUCCCUGUUCUCGACUUUGAUGAAUUUGUCGACGUCGUCUUUGGGGAUCUUCAGAAGAAGAUAUCUCUACUUCUGUAUCAUGCGGUCAUGUGCGCUGGCUUAGCCGCUGUCGACAUACAGACAAUUCUUGAUUACGGUUUCGAUUCGAAAGUCGCAGCGAGGAAACAGUAUUACACCAAAGCCAAGGUCUUAUUUGACAUGGAUGUUGAGGCGGACCGCUUAGUAGCAUGCCAGGCAGCCCUCCUACUUAUCAGCUGGGGUAGCAACGAACACUCCAGGGACCCGUUUUAUUGGAUGGGUAUUGCUAUCAGCCAGGCAUGCUCCCUGAAAAUUCAUAAAGCCGAAAGUGACGCCAACCUUCCCAAGAACGAUCAGCUAUUGCGCCAGAGAAUUUGGUGGACUAUCAUCAUGAAAGAGUGCGAUAUCUGCCUGACCCUGGGGAGGCCGCCCCGAAUCUCACCCCAUCGGACGCCCUUGCUCCAACACGAGGCAUUCAUGAACAAGUCUCAAGCCACUAACUAUUCACAUCUCCCGGAAACCGGAAAGCUUCGAAGAGAUCCGUGGAUACAACGGCGGCUCGAGAUGGCGUGGAUCGAGAAGGCAAAGCUUGCACUUAUUAUUUACCGUAUCCUACGACUUUCUUGUUCCAGUGAUGAUUUUGUUAGUUGCCAAAGCAACCGGAAUGCCAGGAUUUGGCAACUUGAGUCAGAAUUGAAAGAUUGGCGUCUUCAGCUACCGAUGGAGUUGACAUCUUUCAAUACGGCUUUGAAUUUGUCCGAGGAUGCAGAUAGGUCAUUGCAGAUGACCAUGUCGAUAUUGCAUUUGACUCAACUCAUGGCUUUGAUCAUGCUGCAUAAGAGUGAAGUGUCAAUUUCGGGAUGGACGAAGUGCUUACAGAACGGAGAGGACUGGCUUGAAGAUAACGAAGCACUGGAUGCUCAGGGGCACACCAAGUCAGUCAGGCAAGCUGCAUCCGAGAUCACCGCCAUCCACAAAGCGUUGCACGAGCAACAAUUGACGCCUUCAAUGCCAACAACUGGCAUAGCCACGGUCUGCACGGCUGUGUUUGUCCAUCUACUAGACGCGAGGUCAACCGGAGGGUUCAUCCGCAAUUCAGCCUUGGAGCAUCUCGACACUUGUCUGACGAUCCUACGUGAACUCGGGCAAAUGAAUGAGGCGGCCACAGACGUCACACGGAUUGUUGAAUCCGCGGUACAAGCCGCCAGAGGCUCUUCGGCUACCCCAGCUAGCCAGGAGUAUACUGCUGCAUCUCCGAGCGGCACCUCGGGUUCGGGCCGGUCUCGAUUCACGAACGAAUGUGCCACCCCCAGCUUUAUGGAAGGAGUCGUUCCUGAUCAACUACCCGGUCAUCAGCUUCCCGUCGGUUCCUUAAGCACCGCUCGAGAUUCGUUCGGAUCGGUGUUUGAAUUAGGCGGCCAGGACCUGUUUUAUGGAAUCGAGAACUUUUUCGACUUUGAACUGAUUGAAAAUGUAAGUUUGCUAGCAGGGGCCUGA